AUGUCUGCUGCAAGCUCCCAACAUCUCAGCUGGCAGUCCGCCUUCGGAGGCAUCAGCGCCCUGGCUCUCAACACUAUGUUUCAGGAGGCUGGGUCCUUUGGAAACCUUCCGGAGCUCGCACGCUACGUCCUCCGCUCGUCCCCAAUUUUCUGCGUUGCGGACAUACUGCUCAUCGUGGGACUAUUUCUGGCUCUACUCCCUGGCCAUGGGUUUCUUACCGCCCUCCGCAUCGUCGCAUUGCUGCGCUAUCCAGCGGGAUGUCGUACUCCACCUAAAGCAACGGUUGGGAACCAAGUCAAGAGCCUCUUCUUGUUCAUCGCGAUGCUCAGUCAGCUUGUAAAGCUGUUGACUUGCAAAGGCAUCCCUUGGACACAAGCAUCGGCCAUCAUGUACAUGGUUCUGUACCUUCUGGAGGGCUUACUACGUCAUAUCGCAGUCGCGAUUCUCGACAACACGGCAAGCGAGCUUCGAAGUCAAUCGACUAUCAGAAUAAACCACUGUGGCCAAUUUGCUCUCAGUGUGAUUGCGCUGCUGCAGUAUGCCUUCUGGAUUGUGGCCAGCUUCCAAGCAUACCCUCCUGCUAUGAAUCAUGCAUGUCUGAGCAUAGACACAUUGGCCAUAACGGCAAUAUCGGUAAAUUGUCUUAAAUACCAAGCGCUCAUGCUGGGUGUACUACCUGUCAAUCUGGCUCCGUUACUCGCGCUUUUCGUUAUCGCGAGGCGGCGAUUCACUGAUAUACACACCCAGGAGUAUUCAAAGGCGGUCUUUGAGAUGGCCGCACUUCUGGUGAUUUCGCUGGCCGGCGUCGCAUUGGGGUUCGUAUUGGGUCCCGAGUCUGCCAAAAAGCCGGGUUUCAACGUGGCCCAACUGCGUAUGCCUGUCAUUGAUGCUGAACCAAGUACUCGUCUCAUUGGUGCACUACACUUUCGUUUACGACGCGGACGCCACGUACAAGCCAGCCUUCGCAGAGAACUUACCAUAAACCCGAGAGAUUUGCUGGUACGGUUCCGGGACGGCAGAUUCAUCGCAGCUGGAGCACUUACAGCAAGGCUUCGGAUGAUGGAUGGGACUUGA